CGGGGGCCAGUCAGUGUGUCCAGUAGCACAUGGAAUUGGUAAAGAGGUGACUGUGACAUGUGGUGCUGGACUCCUUUGCGGAGCUGUCAGGGGACAAGGAGAGAAGUGGCUUUCAAAGGUGUGGGUUUGAGACCCUUCUUCGAUGAGGGAGGGAUUCAGCAGCUCCGAGGGAUGCAAGGAGCUCACUCCCAAAUAUCUGGGACAGAAGCAGAAAAAAAGGAGAAAGACAGAAUCUCUCUGGAUUUUGAUUUUUCACCUCUUGUAGUGGGAGCGCCAAACUGGCAGAGGUGGAGGACGGUAGCAGUCUGAGUGGUGUGUAAUGAGUGAUCGGCUCCUGCAGGUAUCAGUGGAGUCAAUGACAGAGACGAGGAAUGGGGACGCAUGGAAACGCUUUGGAACAUGAAGAAGAGCUAUGAGCUGCAGGUACAAUCUAAACUGACCAUCCAGGAGGACACCAGAGAGGACCGUGAGCCCUCGACCCAGGGACGGGGACAAUGGGCCAGCAAGAUGGAGUUCCUACUUGCCGUGGCGGGACAGAUCAUCGGCUUGGGCAACGUGUGGAGGUUCCCCUACCUGUGCUACAAGAACGGAGGAGGCGCUUUCUUCAUCCCCUAUGUUCUGUUCCUCUUUGCAUGCGGAAUCCCCCUCUUCCUCCUUGAGACGGCGCUGGGGCAGUACACCAGCCAGGGGGGCAUCACCUGCUGGAGGAAGAUCUGCCCCCUGUUUCAGGGACUGGGCUUUGGAUCCCAAGUGGUGGUUCUUUACUCAAGCAUCUACUACAUCAUCAUUUUGGCUUGGGCCUUCUUCUACCUCUUCUCUUCCUUCAGCUCCAAGCUUCCUUGGGCCAGCUGUGGAAACUACUGGAACACAGCCACCUGUGUUGAGUUUGAUCAGAGGAACAUCUCAAACAACUGGACAUUUGUUGAAAAUGCAACAUCGCCAGUGAAGGAAUUCUGGGAGAGACGAGUGUUAAACAUCUCAGGGAGCAUCUAUGACAUUGGGCCCCCAAGAUGGGAGUUGGCUCUUUGUCUUCUGCUUUCCUGGAUCAUCUGCUACUUCUGUGUCUGGAAAGGUGUGAGGUCAACCGGAAAGGUGGUGUACUUUACGGCCACCUUUCCAUAUGUUAUGCUAGUGAUUUUACUGGUUCGAGGACUCACCCUGCCUGGAGCUAAGGAUGGAGUCAUCUUCUACUUGUACCCCGACCCCAGUCGUCUCACUGACCCUCAGGUAUGGAUGGAUGCGGGAACACAGAUAUUCUACUCCUAUGCCCUUUGCAUAGGUUGUCUGACAGCCCUGGGCAGCUACAACAAGUACAACAACAACUGCUACAAAGACUGCAUGUAUCUGUGCCUCCUGAACAGUGGGACAAGCUUUGUGGCUGGAUUUGCCAUCUUCUCCGUGCUGGGUUUCAUGGCCUACGAGCAGGGACUGGACAUCUCUGAGGUGGCUGAAUCAGGUCCAGGUCUGGCAUUCAUUGUGUACCCUCGAGCAGUGGCCAUGAUGCCCCUGCCUCAGUUAUGGGCAGUUUGCUUCUUCAUCAUGAUCAUCCUGCUUGGCCUGGACAGUGAGGUAGAGCACCACGUCCUUCAUAGAAAAUUUGUUGGCCUGGAGGCUCUUAUGACGGCCAUCUCUGACAUGUACCCUGUCGUCUUUCAAACUGGUCACUGGCGCAAGAUCCUCCUCCUCGUCAUCAGCAUAGGAGGCUUCCUCGUUGGCCUGGUCAUGGUCACAGAGGGUGGGCUGUAUGUAUUCCAGCUGUUCGAUUACUAUGCUUGCAGUGGAAUGACCCUCCUGAUCUUUGCCAUUCUUCAGUCGAUCUGUGUUGGUUGGGUUUACGGUGCAAACCGACUGUAUGAUAACAUCGAGGACAUGAUCGGGUACCGACCAUCAUCUGUAAUGAAAUACUGCUGGCAAUACUGUACCCCCUUUAUCUGUACGGCCACCUUCAUCUUCUCCCUGAUCAAGUUCACCCCUCUCAAAUUCAACAAUGUCUAUGAGUACCCUUGGUGGGGUUACUCCAUUGGCUGGUUCUUCACCCUCUCCUCCACGCUCAUGGUUCCUCUCUUUAUGGUCUAUGGCAUAGCUGUCACCCCAGGGACCUUACGGCAGCGACUGCGUGCCCUCUGCAUGCCAGCAGAGGACCUACCCAUGACUGUGGCACGGAAAGAGUCUCUCAUACCCACAUUGUAUGGACCUACGGGACUCCAAAGUCUGUACUUGUGAGUUCUUGGGGUCACCUAGUUGGAUCCCACCCACAUGGGACAUUCUCUAUCUCACUUUUGCCCCCUCCUCCUAAUGAUCUCUAGUAUGGACAGUGGAAACUAUGACUUCCAGAUGACCUUGUGCCUCUCAUGAGAAAGAAAAUGGCCUUUUGUCUUUGUCAUGGGUUGUUUUUUAGGUACUGUAUAAAUACUUGCAGGGAAAUUCACAAUAGAAAUUUACUGUAGAGGUAGCUGGAUACUCUGUCUUUCUGUGGCACUAGAACAAAAGGAUGCCCUGAUGAUGCUGUGGACUACAGACUGAUGAUUUGUCCUCAGCAUGAGACUUAGGACAAUAAAGCAAGGAGCUCAAACUGGUCAAGGAGAUGUAAAGUCCUGCUUGGAAAGCUCCACCGCCAGCAGAAACUCCCCAUUUGGAGCUGCUCAUGAAAACACGUAGUGUGUUGUGCUACAUGUACCCUGGAUCCACGCGACUUCAGGUCAACAAACGCCAUUCUUGUGCAAUGUGAUGGGUGACUGGGGCCUGGAAUAGAUACUGCAUAUCCUGCAAUCUUAUCCUACUAAGUGAUUGUGCUGAUUGAUGGCCACACUAGAGCCAGGGCUCUUUACGGAGAACUGAGCUCCUGGUGUGGUCCCCCGAAUCUCACAUUCUUUUCUGAGACCAUUUCAAACAUGAGGUUCCAUUGACUUUUUUGUUACCUUGUCUGGAGGUGUACUUUUAAUUUGUUUAGUAAACACUCAGAAAGGCUUCCUCUGAUCAGUUUCAUUUUAUCAGACCACAUGGCCUUUUGAUACAUGGUGUUUUGCAGAAUGCAUGUGGUUUAUAGAGAUUCUACGACCAUUAAUAAAGACGUUUUCUCUGA